AUGGAAGAAGAGCCUUCAGUCACUAUAAUAAGAGAGUCUUCUGCUGCUCAUAUUUUGAAGAAAAACAAAGUAAAAGGUGGUUCUAAGAAGUCAGGUCGGAUGAUCCUUGUGGAUAAAAAUAGAUUUCCUAAAUACUUUUAUGUGCGAGAGAAUGUAAAAUGA